AAGUGCGGGAGAAGAGGCGGCGGCAGCAGCAGCAGCAGCAGCCCUUGCAGCAGUGCCCGCUCCAAUCGCGCCCGUGCAGCAGCAUCCAGCUCCGCGUCUUUGCUGAAGCCCAGGAGGUGGGCAGAGCGAGCGAGCCGCCGAAAAAAAAAAAAAAAAAGAGGAGCACGCCGGAGCCAGCUUGGAGAAGGCAGCCCAAACUUAGCGGAAACUUCCCGGAGAAUGCUCCGAAAGUCCGCGAUUCUCCUGCUGCUAGCCGUCGGCGCUUCUGCAUCCUACGAAGCCGAGCAGAAUGACUCCGUCAGCCCCAGGAGGACGAGGCUGGUCGCUCAGACCUCAGCGGAUGUGGUUCGAUGUUUAACUGGUGCCCUUCAGGUAGGAUGCGGUGCUUUUGCCUGCCUGGAAAAUGCCACAUGCGAUACAGAUGGCAUGUAUGACAUCUGCAAAUCCUUUCUCUACAGCGCUGCUAAAUUUGACAUUCAGGGGAAAGCCUUUGUCAAGGAGAGCUUGAAGUGCAUUGCAAAUGGCAUCACAUCCAAGGUUUUCCUUUCUGUUCGGAGGUGCUCCACAUUCCAGCGAAUGAUCUCAGAGGUGCAGGAGGAAUGUUACAGGAAACAGGAUAUAUGCAGUGCUGCUAGGAGAAAUCCAGAAGCUAUUGCAGAAGUGGUCCAGCUUCCAGGCCACUUCUCAAACAGGUAUUACAACAAGCUCAUCAGAAGCUUAUUGGAAUGUGAUGAUGAGACUGUGGGUACCAUAAAAGACAGUUUGAUGGAAAAAAUCGGACCAAAUAUGGCCAGCCUUUUCCGCCUACUGCAAACAGAUCACUGUGCCCGACUCCCUCCUAGAUCAGACUUCAGUCAGCGACGUAUCACUGAGCCUCAGAAGCUAAAAAUCUACUUCAGGAAUCUCCGGGGCGAGGGACCUCCUCCUUCCCAUAUGAAACGUACUUCUGCAGAAAGUGUGUAAUAUUCUGUGAUGCAUAGAGUGUGAGAGCAUAGGGAAUCCAAGCUCUACCAAAGUAGGAAAUUACUCUGUUUUUCUUUAGCAUUCAAUACACAUCAUAAAUGUACUGUAACUGAUUUUAAAGGACACUGAGCCAACCUACACAUUCAAAAAAAAUCUAGCAUAUCCCUUGUGGGGUUGUACCAUGUCACUGUGCAGGUGGGAGAAAUUUCCUCUCUUGCCUAGCAAACAUUCAUAUAACUCCUGCACAUAAAGUAUGCUAGUUGUUGUUAGAGGGAGCUAGACUGGAACACUUUUCCUUGACAUGCCAGCUUUCUGAAGGUAGAGAGUUUUUUAAGUCAGGAGGGAAAAUUCACUUGUGCAAUCCCCCACCUGCAUUCCAAAAAUGGUACAGUCCUACAUGCUUGAUAUGAAUGUAUAGAUUGGCCUUUUAAGAACUGGCUUUAGGUUUUGGUCCUUAAUAUUGUCACCCUCUUUGGAUAAGCUGCAUGUACCGAGGUAUCUGGUGACGGGGAGAAUCCCCCACCAUCCCAGCUUCCUGGUACAGAACCACAGUCUUCUUUGUCUUUUCUCUUCUCUCCCUCCCAUUUUCCCACAAAGAAAUCCAAUGAAGCUGGGGGCUUCAAAAGCAAUCUUAAUAGCACUUCUUCAGCAAACACCAAACUAUCACUGUACUGUAACUCAAACACCAUUGCAGUUUGGAGAGACUGAAACCUACUCGAUUACAAUUCUGCUUUUAUUUGGCGGGUCGAUUAACGCUGGUGCACUGCAGUGCGCCUGUUGCACUUUGUAUAAAUGGUGGUAGAACUUGUGUUAAGAGUGAUGCUGGCCAUGUACCAACACCACACCUGGACUCCUAAUCUCAAUGUUGUGAUCUUAACACUCUAAAGCCUGAGGUUUUCUUAAAUACCUGAUUACACCAAAACAUAGUUCUGUAUCUGCGUGACUAUAGAGAUAUCAUAGUUGUUACUGCAUACCAGCCCUGUGUAAUUUGUGACGCGUACACAUACAAGCUGAAUAUGGUCUGCAAGACUCCUAAAAUCUUCCUGUUUUUAUAGCUCCAGGCAGGCUAGUAAAGCAGGAAGUUUGUCAAGGCCCUAUUAGGUCAUCAUAUAUGACAUAAGUGGGUCACACGUGCAGGCCUGCUGUGUGUCACAACACCAGUAGAAACUCAUCUCUGGCCCAAGUUCUCACUGUGGUGGCUAAGCCUUAUCUGGACUUUACCUCUUCAGAAUGGAGAUGGGGACUGCCAACCAAAAAAAGGGAAGGGAGUAAUCCCUGUACAAAGAAAAGUAGCAUAUCAGCAAGAAGUCUAGGCUGGAUCUCUUCUUGCUGAAAUGCUAGUUUUCCAUGUGCAAGGGGAAGGGGCUUUGUAUAUGGAGAAGUAUUUACUCCUAUAAGUUAUCAUCUGCAGUCUGAAGUGAUGAGGUUUAGACACAGGUGUUGUUCCAUAGUAAAGAAAAAUACUCCACAGAGUUUAAAGGAUGAUUAUUACAAACUAGUUAUAGUGGUUGGCUGGCUCUUGCAUUGCUUAAAAGAAAGCUAAUAACUUUCUGUACUGUAUCUUCAUUCAAAGCUUUAAAGGAAUUGAUAGCAAAAAGAAAAUUGUCUUAAGAAUAGAGUAUAAUACAGCCUUGUUCAGUUGUGAUACGAAAUAAGGCAAACCUUUCCUGUACUGUACGUAACUUCCAGAGGAGUCUGCUUUUAAAAAAAGCAGAAUUUAAUAACUUCGUAAACAUACAUUUUUUGUUUUGUAGUUAUAGCUUUGUUUCCUAGACAGUGGUCGCUUUAGAAAACAAUUAAUGUUUAGAAGCAUGGUAACUAACAAGUCAGUCACUGGAAAUUACUGGUUCCAGUGGCCACUGUGUGACUAAAUAUUUGUAUGAAAAGAUACCAUGCUUUUAAAAGCAACUUGGCUUUUAACAAGAUUAAAGGUUGGGUGGAGAGAGAAACACUACUUUGAAAAAUGGCUUUUGCUCCAUUCUUAUGGCAACUCCUCAAGCAAGGUGACUUCUUAAAACUUAAGCCAUGUGUAGUGUGCCUAAAGAUAGCUAACAAUGCAGUCCUAAGCAAAGUGACACCCCUCCGAGCCCACUGACGUAAAAGGGCUUAGAAGGGUGUCACUUCGCUCAGAAUUGUAAAUAAUGCGGUUGUGGCUUGCCUUAACUCUGUACACACAUAGGUUUUUGCAAUCUUGGAACUAACAACUAGAUUCACAUGUGCCACUUAAAACUCUUUUCAGUCCUUCUCCCUUUAUUAGUAUGCACAUGCUGGGCUGGCUCCUGGUUUUGAGGAGGACCCUGUGCAAAAGACCCUCUGGUGUUCCCCUUGCUAAGCACACUUUCCCCUUGUGCACUUAUGCUCUCCUUCCAGUAGAAGGAAGCUGAGCAUGACUCCUUUGCACUCAUUUGGAGCUUUAUUGGGUGUCAAUAGGCUCAAAAGUUAACAAAGCUCAAAGGAGCUCGCAAGAAUCCCCCCCCCCACCUCCUUCCUGGAGGUCCUGUUGCCUGCAGUAAAUGGGAGAUAUCUCCAAGGCUCAGCAAUUACCCAUUUCUGGUGGAGCAGAUCGGCUCAAAUGGGUCUGGUCAGCACUGGGCGCUCUGCUAGGCCACAGGGCUCAGCAGUGCCUCAUCACAUUGACCCGGCGUGCCGUCCCUGCACAUCUGUGAAAACUACAGGCACUUUUAAAUGCACUUGUGUUAGGUGUCUGAACUGAUGGAAGGCUGCUCUGUAAUCCCAUUUCAACCUUCCUAUGUUUUGUAAGGCAUGCUUAAAUUUUGUGUUGGAGGUGUUGUUAGUCUUUAAGGUGCCACUGGACUUCUGUUUUGUGUUGGAGGUCCAGCCUAGACAGACAGCUCCUCCAUGUAAUAAAACUGUUCCUCAAAUAUACCACUUCAGACAGGAGUUGCAUACGAGGAGAAAACUAACUAGUGUGUUGGGGUGAAGAUCAGGCUCACUAAAAACCAUCUUUUUUUUUUCUGGGGGCAUAGAAUAUCUGCAUACAGAUAGUGGUUAAUUGGGUGGUUUUGCCAUCUCUUAUAGUCUGAACUGGUGCAUUGCCUGAACAGUUUUAACUCUGUUAUUCGUGUGAAAGACGUCUUGUGUGCCCUGCAAAACUGCCUUUCUUUCAAUCUGCAUGCAUAGGAAACCUGCAUAAGGGAAUCUGAAUGGCACUUUACAUGUUGUACUUGCCAGGUAAGAACUUCUCUGUUCCACUUAGGUCACAGUCAGCGCAAAGAUGAGAAACAGGCAAAACCAGUAAGAUAUAGUCCAUGUACAUUCCAAGCCUGCUCUGUUAGGAAAGCUAUGGAUGUUAGAAGGAUGCCUGCCUGCCUGCCUGCCAGUUAAGGAGUGACUGGUGAGAAGCGAACCUAUGGGAAGUACAAUCUCUCAUGGAAAACUUAUAAAAAGCAAUAGAACGUUUUACCACAAAGCCUUUAAACAGUAACUUGCUGCUAAUAUAUUUCAAGCGAGGGGCAGAACUUCAGUAGUUGCUGUCUUCAUUUAAAUGUAUGUAGCCCAAAAAGUGCUGUUAUAGGGUCACAAGCAGCAAAAAAAGUUAAAUAAAAUAAUAAUGUUGCUGAUGGCAGGAUUUUUAUACUCAAUAUUAUGCAGUCCAGCUCAACCUAGAUGUAAUGCUGCAGAAUAUACUCUUUAACACUAUUUCAGGUAUAUUAGGAUUCCUAUUUUGCAGGAUUGUAUCCUUUCCAAGGUGCUUGAAAUUUAUUUUGUGUGUGUGGGAGAUGGGGUGUGUGAAGGGUACUUGUCCCCUUGUUGAUUUUGGGCCUCUGGAGGUACUUAGCACUCUGUGGAACCCAACCUAAAGCCUGUAUUGCUCAGUACAGGCCAUCGGGAUAGAAGCUUGUUGUAAUGUAGAUUUCAAGUACAGGAGGGAGCAUACAACCUUUUCGGCAAGAAUGUUUCACCAUGUCACGGAGUCUUGCUCCACAUGCGAGACUGUCCACAGUUACAGAAGCCCUCAGAAUUGUGUUGAUGCAUGAAAUUUGAUGUGCAAAAAAAUUGUGGCUCCAUUGAAAUCCCAAAUAUUCUUGCUAUUUAGCUUAGAGGGAAAAUGGGAUUUCUCACUUGACAUUGUGUGCCAUUAACACAUACCAGUAACAGGAACCUGAGGCAGCCCGACUCAGUGGGCAGCACAGGCACUGCCUGGGGUGGUCAGAUUCCAGGGGCUCUCAGUUAAUGGGAAAACAAGAGGAACAUAGUCCUUCCUCCUCACAGACACUUGGGGUAGCAUCGUCUAAUGUAUUGGGGGGGGGGGGGCUGUUGUAUUUCUCUUCCCUCCAUUGAAGUAAGUGAAUGGAAUGAAAAGAUCCAUGCACCUGUAUGCAGCAAAGGAAAAGAGGCUGCAACCAGGAAAAUCUUUGAGCGAAGAAACUAUAAUUCUUCCCACAUACAAUACAGGAUGCAAGGGGAAGGGGGAAGCAAAACAGACUGAGUUAGUUUUGGAGACCAAACAGCGGCUUAAAUCACUCUCAUACUAAGGAACUGCCUGGUAUACACAUAACUACAAUUACAAUUAACCCUACAAUUAAUAGAAUAAAUCCAUAAAACUUUGAUGGGAAGUCGUGGUCACUUAGUGUAAAAUAUGACUGAAGUCCAUUCAUCCACUAUGAAUUAUGUUUGGCCUUAUAAUACCUGCAGAGUCCCACUCCAAAAUGGGGGUUGGCUUAUCUCUUAAAAAAAUAUUUGCAUGAUUUUCAUUGUGAUUUUUUCGCACUUUAGAUAUUUUGUGCCAUUUAUAUAUAUAUAAAUAAAUAUACACUUAUAUAUAUAUAAAGUAUGUAUUUAUAAUUUAAUUUUUGCCAAGUACUGGAAUAAACAGUGAGCAUAUCUGGUAUAUGUCAUUAUUUAUUUAUAAAAUUGUGAGGGGGUUGUUUUAAAAAAAAAUAACCAAAAACCACCUCCAUUUGUUCAUAUAAAGAUUAUUUGAAACAUAUUGCAGCAACAAGAAAGAUGCAAGUUAUUUUCUCUGCUUAUUUUUAUAAUUAAAAAGAUGCAUAACAUUAUGAAGCCUAUGGUGGAUUCCUUAUAAGAGAAAAUUAAAAAAAAAUUGGCUCGUU